AUGCUCUGUUCGGUACCUGCCAGCAAGUCCGGUUCGAACUGGCUGGACCGGCUCCGGUCAAACAAGGGCCUUCCGACCGGCGACAAUCUUGACCUCGACCACUUCCUUAGCCGAAACACAAACUCUUCCUCGGAAUUCCCAACUCCCAAUGUCUCAUCGUCCACAGAGUCGACUCGGCCGGGUUCUGACCGAGUGGUGAAUCAGUCCACAACCUCGUGCCCGAACCGAGAUAACCAGGGAGAGGCAUUCAUCGGCCUGAUGAACACCGUUCUGUCGGAGCUAUUUUUCAUGGGCGGCUCCGACGAACGUUCCAAACUUUUAGGGAAAAAGAUUCCUAGAAAACAAGCAAACCCCAGAGUUUGUGUCGCUUCCACGACCAACUCUGACAGCAAUGCUGCUACUGCAAACGCCGCCGAAGAGAAGAGCUCCGACUGGGGUCGAAAUGACGAAAAUGUCCUCGACAAAGCAGUGUGCUUGGACUCGCAAAACGGCAGCUUGAUGAAGAAUAAGGACUUGGGAAAUGUGGGUGGUGAGGAAGGUGAGGAGGUGGAAGAGGAGGAAGAGGAAGAGAAGGAGGAGUUGAGAGAGCUGAAAGGGUAUUCGAUCAGCGAAGUGACGGUGAUCGAUACGAGUUGUGGGGUUUGGAAGACGGAGAAGGUAGUGUUUAGAAGGAAGAAUGUGUGGAAAGUAAGGGAGAAGAAGGCCAAAGUGAGGAAGUUCGGGAGACGUAAGAGAAAAGUGGUUGAUGAGGAAGUUGGUGUUGAAGGCGGUGAUGACAUUGACAAGAAGAAGGCUAAGGUUUCAGCUUUGAAGGAAGCUGAUGGGGAUGAAUGUAUAGCUCUCAAGUCCACUGAAGGACAGAAUUCACAGAAUGACACAAGCAAUGAAGUCUGUGAGGACACACCAGAUAGUCUUAACGAAAGAAGGGAGGAAUUUGGCAAAGACAUGCCAGGUGCUAAAAGCAAAGAUGCCAAGAAGGGGUUUCCUUUGAGCAGAUCACCAAGAAAAAUGAAAAAGGGUGACUCCUCUGUUAUACUUAUUAAAGGCAUUCCUACCGACAAUAAAAAUGGAGGAAAGCUUCUGAGAACGUGUCUCAAGGACAUCCAAAAGCAAUACACGGCUUGA